AGCCUACAUAGGAACAACGCCCGUGCAGAUUCACACUGUCUGUGGUGCAGGCGUUUGAUCAUAAACAUCACGUUAAGAUCGACCUGAAAAAACGGGAUAUGCCAAGAGUUGCUCUCGUGACAGGAUCCAACAAGGGGAUCGGUUUCGCUAUCGUAAAAGCGCUCUGCAAACAGUUCAAUGGGGAAGUCUUUAUUAGCGCAAGAGAUGUCGGCCGGGGGACAGCGGCUGUGGAGAGUUUGAAGGCGGAGGGUCUGAAUCCGCUGUUCCAGCAACUUGACAUUAACGACCACUCAAGCGUGUGCGCGGCCCGGGAUUUCUUCCAGCAGGAGUACGGCGGUCUCGACGUCCUCGUGAACAAUGCAGGAAUCGCGUUUAAAAUGGCUGACACCACUCCGUUUGGUACCCAGGCCGAGGUCACACUUCAGACCAACUUCUUUGCCACCAGAGACAUGUGUAACGAGUUUCUGCCCAUCAUCAAACCAGGAGGCAGGGUGGUGAACGUGUCCAGCGGUAUGGGCUCCGUUGCUCUGGGCCGCUGUAGCCCCGCCCUCCAGGCCCGUUUCCGUAGUACCGAGAUCACGGAGGAGGAGCUAGUGUCUCUGAUGCAGCGCUUCGUGGAUGAGGCGCAGGCAGGAAGCCACGCCCAGGGGGGCUGGCCCAACACGGCGUACGGCGUCUCCAAGACCGGCCUUACAGUGCUGUCAAGGAUCCAGGCUAGUCGACUCUCCCAGGAGAGACCAGGUGACCAGAUCCUGCUGAACGCCUGCUGUCCAGGCUGGGUCCGAACCGACAUGGCGGGACCCAACGCCACCAAGUCACCUGACGAGGGUGCCGUCACUCCCUGCUACCUCGCUCUGCUGCCCGCCGGGGACACACAACCUCACGGGGAGUUCCUGUCUGAGAUGACCGUGCAGCCCUGGUGACCAGGAGGCCAGCCUGCUUCGUGUGUGUGUGUGUGUGUGUGUGUGUGUGUGUGUGUGUGUGUGUGUGUGUGUGUGUGUGUGUGUGUGUGUGUGUGUGUGUGUGUGUGUGUGUGUGUGUGUGAGCUUCCUUCCCGGCUUUAACCAUGUCAAUUUUUCUGCCUGUAAUCUUGAUUUGUAUUCAUGGACUCUGUGUCAGUUGCCCUGUGUGCCUGAGCUGGACCACCAAUAAAAAGCCUCUGGCCAUGGAAUUA